CGGGGCAACAAAGGGGCAAGGUGGGCACUCCGGACCCAAAUCCACAGAACUUGGUCCAGCCUUCGGCGCUGGCGGCUGCGAGCGACGGGGCCUGGCCUGCAGGAGGCGCUGUUGUUCGCCUGUAACCCUAAACCUGGCCCCCUCCCUCCACCCUGCCCAGUCUCCUCUCAGGUCGCAGUUGAAAACAAUGCAAACGCUGAGCCUAGAGCCUGGGGCGCGGCGGCUGCGGCAGCCCUGAGCAGGGAGGAUAGGGGCUUGGGCUUGGGCUUGAUCACCGAGUAGAUCCGUGUCUCCUCGCAGCAGUGGCGAUCUUCUUGGCGCGGGGGGUGUUGAGGGAGACAGAGGUAGAGAGGGUGUGUGUGUGUGUGUGUGUGUGUGUGUGUGUGUGUGUGUGUGUGUGUGUGUGUGUGUGAGAGAGAGAGAGAGAGAGAGAGAGAGAGAGAGAGAGAGAGAGAGAGAGCGCAGACGCAGAUAGACAGGCAGACAGAUAGACAGACACAGUCACAGACACAGACACAGAGAGACACCCAGAGAGAAGGGGGUGGUCGGGAUCCUCAGUGUGCUAGUGCGGAACCUCCAGGAGAAUCGGUCCCAGGGCGCGCAGCGUUAUAGGGGACCUGGAGCCUGAGCGACGCCGGAGCCAGCGGUUCUCAGGAGCGAUGGGGACCUCCCAGGCCUUUCUGGUCCUCAGCUGUCUCCUCACAGGGCCGAGCCUCAUCGUCUGCCAGCUCUUAUUACCCUCCAUCCUUCCAAAUGAGAAUGAGAAGAUUGUGCCGCUGAGUUCGUCCUUCUCUCUGAGAUGCUUCGGGGAGAGCGAAGUGAGCUGGCAGCACCCCAUGUCUGAAGAAGAGGACCCCAACGUGGAAAUCAGAACCGAGGAGAACAACAGUAGCCUCUUUGUCACGGUGCUGGAAGUGGUCAACGCCUCAGCGGCCCACACCGGAUGGUACACUUGCUAUUACAACCACACUCAGACAGAAGAGAGUGAGAUCGAAGGCAGGCACAUUUAUAUCUAUGUACCAGACCCAGACAUGGCCUUCGUGCCUCUCGGCAUGACGGAUUCUUUAGUCAUUGUGGAAGAGGACGAUUCUGCCAUCAUACCCUGCCGCACCACGGAUCCAGACACUGAAGUAACCUUGCACAAUAACGGGAGGCUGGUGCCUGCCUCCUACGACAGCAGGCAGGGCUUCAACGGAACCUUCAGUGUGGGGCCUUACAUCUGUGAGGCCACCGUCAGAGGGAGGACGUUCAAGACCAGCGAGUUUAACGUUUAUGCCUUGAAAGCCACGUCAGAACUGAAUCUGGAGAUGGACACACGCCAGACUGUGUAUAAGGCAGGAGAAACGAUCGUGGUGACCUGCGCCGUCUUUAACAAUGAGGUGGUUGACCUGCAGUGGACUUACCCUGGAGAGGUGAGAAACAAAGGCAUCACCAUGCUGGAGGAGAUCAAACUCCCGUCCAUCAAACUGGUGUACACGCUGACCGUCCCCAAGGCCACGGUGAAGGACAGUGGAGAUUAUGAAUGUGCUGCCCGCCAGGCCACGAAAGAGGUCAAGGAAAUGAAGACAGUCACCAUUUCUGUUCACGAGAAAGGCUUCGUCCAGAUCAGGCCCACCUUUGGCCAUCUGGAAACUGUGAACCUGCAUCAGGUCAGAGAGUUCGUGGUGGAGGUGCAGGCCUACCCGACCCCCAGGAUAUCCUGGCUGAAGGACAACUUGACCCUGAUUGAGAAUCUCACUGAGAUCACCACCGAUGUGCAGAGGAGCCAGGAGACGAGGUAUCAAAGCAAAUUAAAGCUGAUCCGGGCUAAGGAAGAAGACAGCGGCCAUUAUACCAUUAUAGUUCAGAAUGACGACGACAUGAAGAGCUACACGUUUGAGCUGUCAACUCUAGUUCCUGCCUCCAUUCUGGAGCUUGUGGAUGACCACCAUGGCUCUGGCGGGGGACAGACUGUGAGGUGCACGGCUGAAGGCACCCCUCUUCCGAACAUCGAGUGGAUGAUCUGCAAGGAUAUUAAGAAAUGUAAUAAUGACACUUCAUGGACAGUUUUGGCCAGCAACGUCUCGAAUAUUAUCACGGAGUUCCACCAGCGAGGCAGGAGUACAGUGGAGGGACGAGUGUCCUUCGCCAAGGUGGAAGAGACCAUCGCAGUUCGGUGCUUGGCAAAGAACGACCUUGGCAUUGGGAACAGAGAGCUGAAGCUGGUGGCUCCCACCCUGCGAUCUGAGCUCACGGUGGCGGCCGCGGUGCUGGUGCUGUUGGUGAUUGUCAUUGUCUCUCUCAUUGUCCUGGUUGUCAUUUGGAAGCAGAAACCACGGUAUGAAAUUCGAUGGAGGGUCAUUGAGUCAAUCAGCCCUGAUGGACAUGAGUAUAUUUAUGUGGACCCCAUGCAGCUGCCUUACGACUCCAGAUGGGAGUUCCCGAGAGAUGGACUAGUGCUUGGUCGGAUCUUGGGAUCCGGUGCAUUUGGGAAAGUGGUUGAAGGCACAGCUUAUGGAUUAAGCCGGUCCCAGCCUGUAAUGAAGGUGGCUGUGAAGAUGCUCAAACCCACAGCCAGGUCUAGUGAGAAGCAAGCUCUCAUGUCUGAGCUGAAGAUAAUGACUCACUUGGGACCGCAUCUGAACAUUGUGAAUUUGCUGGGAGCCUGCACCAAGUCAGGCCCCAUUUACAUCAUCACAGAAUACUGCUUCUAUGGGGAUUUGGUCAAUUACCUGCAUAAGAACAGAGAUAGCUUCAUGAGCCGACACCCAGAGAAGCCAAAGAAAGACCUGGACAUCUUUGGAUUGAAUCCUGCAGAUGAGAGUACCAGGAGUUACGUGAUUUUAUCUUUUGAAAACAAUGGUGACUACGUGGACAUGAAGCAGGCUGACACCACACAGUACGUGCCAAUGCUGGAAAGGAAGGAGGUUUCCAAAUACUCCGACAUCCAGAGAUCGCUGUACGAUCGGCCGGCCUCCUAUAAGAAGAAAUCCAUGCUAGACUCAGAAGCUAAAAACCUCCUUUCGGAUGAUGACUCCGAGGGUCUGACUUUGCUGGACCUACUAAGCUUCACCUACCAAGUGGCCCGAGGGAUGGAAUUUUUGGCUUCGAAAAAUUGUGUCCACCGGGACCUGGCUGCCCGCAACGUCCUUCUGGCGCAGGGGAAAAUCGUGAAGAUCUGUGACUUCGGGCUGGCCAGAGACAUCAUGCACGAUUCUAACUACGUGUCAAAGGGCAGCACUUUCCUGCCUGUGAAGUGGAUGGCACCUGAGAGCAUUUUUGACAACCUCUACACCACGCUGAGUGACGUCUGGUCUUAUGGCGUUCUGCUCUGGGAAAUAUUCUCCCUUGGUGGCACACCCUACCCUGGCAUGAUGGUUGAUUCUACUUUCUACAAUAAGAUCAAGAGCGGAUACAGGAUGGCCAAACCCGACCAUGCCACCAGUGAAGUCUAUGAGAUUAUGGUGCAGUGCUGGAACAGUGAACCCGAAAAGAGACCCUCCUUCUACCACCUCAGCGAGAUAGUGGAGAAUCUGCUGCCUGGACAGUACAAAAAGAGUUAUGAAAAGAUUCACCUGGACUUCCUAAAGAGUGACCAUCCGGCUGUGGCACGCAUGCGUGUGGACUCUGACAACGCGUACAUCGGUGUCACUUACAAAAAUGAAGAGGACAAGCUGAAGGAAUGGGAAGGUGGCCUGGAUGAACAGAGAUUGAGCGCAGAUAGUGGCUACAUCAUUCCCCUGCCAGACAUUGACCCUGUUCCAGAGGAGGAAGACCUGGGCAAGAGGAACAGACACAGCUCGCAGACUUCGGAAGAGAGCGCCAUCGAGACGGGUUCCAGUAGUUCCACUUUCAUCAAGAGAGAGGACGAGACCAUUGAGGACAUCGACAUGAUGGAUGAUAUUGGCAUAGAUUCCUCAGACCUGGUGGAGGACAGCUUCCUGUAACUGGCAGGCUCGGAGUGUCUAUCAUCUUCUCUGGGAGCCUCCUCGGGAUCCCCUUAAGAAAACCACUUCAUUGCAAUGCAAAGGUUGAGACUUGGGUGAUGUGGAGACAGAAGUUCCCGGCCAAGGGUCUUGGGAAGCCUCUGUGAAUGACUGGGAUACUCGGAUCGAACGUUGUCCAUGCUGCCCCUUGCAAUCCGUCAGUAGCAUCUCAGCGGCGUGUGAGGUUUGGAAAUGGACGGACAAGGGAGUGACUGGCCACAGAAGACGGGCUUUGUGUUUCCGGGGCAUUGGUGAGAUUCCCACACGCGCAACUUGUACUGCAGACAACUCCAGCAUUGUAAUUAUGUAAAUAACCCUAGCCGAGGACGUGUUAGAUCUGUGUUAACCCUCCUCUCUGGACCUCUGAAGAGACCACUCAGUACAUCCGUGUGCUUCCUUCCCUCUUGGAAUCCGGUACCAGCUGCUGUUGAAUUUUCUCCUGAAGUACAUGCAAAACCACUUUGAACUUUGGAAGGUACUGGAACUGUUGUGUUUUACUGUCUUAUUAGUGUUAAAGAGGCAAAAGAUAAAAGACUAACCAACCUUGAGUAGUAGAUUUGGGUCUCUUAGGAGCCCAAGAACGAACGCCUCUGUAUCUUGUAAUCUAUACAUAUAACACCACUACUGUUAACAAGAAUGCUAAAGAUGUAAUCCCUAACCUGAUUUCUUUACAGAGAAAGCACAAUUAAUUAGAACAAAACCCUUACUAAGUAGAUGACGAGUUUGGCAGUUUUUUUUUUAACAUUUAUAUUAAGUAACAUGUUUCUCAAUAAAAUAUAAUAGGUUUAGUGGUUUAAAGUUAGCAAGCCCUAGAGAGCAGAGUGUAAGUAGUGUUGUCCAGAAAGGCCAACCUUUUGUUGUAGUGUUCUAAGCUGUUUCCCUAAUCCAAGGCCCUAAGAACAGUUAAUCGCCUCUGAGUUACUGGGAUUAGAAAUAAGCAAAACAGAACCCCCGGGUGUCCUAAAUGUUCUUAGUAGAAAGGCUUAAGUCUGAGCCCAGUGUGACUUCUCAUGCUGUGUGUGACCUUGUGGAAAAGAACCGUCCACAAAAAGGACUCCGGUGGGCAGAAGUAUCUUUUGUGGCCAGUGAUGACUUGGAUGGAUCCCACCCAUACUUACCUUUUAAAUCUAUGACCUCUUAAGGAUGCGUCAACAUCAGCGCCUCACUUUUCCUCUCUUGUCUCAAAGAGAAAGAGCUGGGAACCCUGAAACCACAAUGGUGCUGUUGAUUGCAAGGCUAUGUGGGCGUGAACUGGCUCCUUCAUUCCCACCGUUUGCAACUAGGGUCACAAGCCUCAGUGGUUUCAGACCUCCGCCCCAGAGAUCUGGAAUUACGAGGUCUGACGGGAGCAAGAAGCUAUAUUAUGUUUUAAUUAACUCCUUGGCGCUCUUGAGGAGUCAGUGUUCAGAAACGCUGGCUUGGGUUACAGGGGUUUGCUGCGGGUGGGGCAGGGCAGCCUUGAAAAUUGGAACUGAGCUAGAAGUCGACCACGCAGGAAGGCUACUAUUUUUAAGUCCUUGGCUUCAUGUCAAUGCCACGUAUCCAGCAAUUCCUGCCCUUGAUUUAACCUUCCAGGCUUAGCCGAGGCUGAGAAAACAAGAUCUUGGCUUGGGCACAUCUUCCAGUUCUAGUCAGCGUGGGUACCACUUCCCACCGGAUGGAGGACCUGAGCUCGCUCACCUCAAAGAGGGCCCACAAAUGGUGCAAGCCCGUGUGCCAGGUCUGUGUCUAACCAGCUCCGGAACCGGUGGGGAAGAUAAAAAGGUUUCUGGAUUUGGGGGCUUUAGGUGGGAGGCUAUCACAAGCAUCCAAACUGCCAAACUGGUUAGUGUGGGUUCAUUGGCAUUCUCUGCAAUGUGUCUAAUUGCUGACUCUGUAUGAAUGAAACAUGGGGUAUGAUUAACUGCAAUCACUGUAUGCACUUCCAGCAGGUGAUGCUUUGGAAGGCGCAGAAGCAAUAACAAGGUACUUGACUACCUACUGGCAUAAUCUCAAUGCAAACCCCAACUUUCCCCCUCUCACAGUCAGUGUGAGGACUGAGCCAGAUUGGCCAAUUGAGAAGCAAAAACCUGACUAGAUUCUUUUGAGCCAAUUAGACUUGAAAUACGCCCAUGUUUCUAGACUCGCAGCUCAAGUGGUCUGUUUACCACGCGUUUGCACAGCCUUGGUUUUGUUGCUUCCUUUUACUCUAAUGUCUGUCACUUGGGACCUUGCAUGACAAUUUGAGGUUGGAGGAAGCUUCUCAGACCGACAGUUUUCCCAUCCCUACCAGUACUUGCCUCUGAGAUUAAAUGGGAUUGCAUUCGUUUUGUUUUCUGAGACAGGGCCUCUCUAUGUAGCCCUGGCUGCCCUGGAACUCACUGUGUAAACCAGGCUGGCCUUGAACUCCCAGAGAUCCAUUGUCUCUGUCCCCCCAGGGCUGGGAUUGCUGGUGUGUACCACCACACUCAGCAGGGAUACAUUUUUAUUUUCAAACAGUGUUUUGACUGUAUCCUGGUUUCUUUUUGGCCUCCUGCAGAGUCCCUGGAAGGAAAUUUACCAAUUUUCUCUGCUUUCUAUUCUUAUUUUUAUGAUGACAAUCAAAGCUGGCCCGAAGAACACAAUUUGUGACUUUUUUUUUUUAAAUAAUCAGUGAUGUCCUUAAAAUGUGGUCUGCCAACCUGUACAAAAUGGUCCUAUAUUUUUGAAGAGGGACGUGAGAUAAAAUGAUGUUAUACAUCGAUAUGUAUAUAUCUGUUGCUAUGUAGACUUGGAGAAUACUGCCAAAACGUGUAUGACAAGCUGUAUCACUGCCUUUGUUUAUAUUUUUUUAACUGUGAUAUUCCCCACAGGCACGUUAACUGUUGCACUUUUGAAUGUCCAAAAUUUAUAUUUUAGAAGGAAUAAAGAGAAAAAUACUUACAUGUUCCCAACAUGGUGGUGUGGUAAAUGUGUGAGAGCAACUCCAUAGAGAGGGUCUUCCAAUCCAAGAUGGCUUCCAGAUACCCGUGUUCAUGUUUUGUUUAAAAAAAAAAGAAGUGUAAAUGGAGAUCUUUAUAUUUCAAUAAAUGAUUUAUGAUAUAUGAUUUUAAAGUUA